AUGAAUAAAAAAGAAAAUAAUGAGUAUUUCAAAAAGCAAAUAUUAGUAUCAUAAAGUUUGAAAAGUUCAAUAAGAUAUUAUGUUAAUAAUGCCUUAAAUGAGAUGAAAAGACGUUUUUGUUAUUUUUGUUUAGCUUUUUUUUCGGUAACAUUAGUUGUAACUUCAGCUGCAGUUUCCCAAAGUGUAAUAGACAGGGCUCCAAUAAUAUUUUUAUAAGCCGCAGAAGGUCCAGUAGGAGAAAUAGAUUUUACAUUAGAUUCUAAUUUCGAAAUAUUAGAUCAUGGAUAAUAUAAUUCAAACUAAUCAUUUUUAAAUUUAACAAAAAUUUAAGAAAUUUUAAAUGACGAUAGAAGUAAUUAACUUACUCCAAGAUAUAUUGUAGUAGGAGAAUCAAUUUCAGACACUGAAAUAUCAUAAUGUUAAAUAGACAAUUCUAGUGAAUUAAAAAUGUUUAAAUCUGUUAAUAAUUGUUUCUUUUAUUAAUAAAGUACUAUAUAUUUCCUUGAUUAAUAGCAAGAGUAAAAAAUUGGGGUCGGAAGAAGUUGGAAACCUCAAAAUUUAAAUGAAGAUGAAGUUAUAAUACACAAAUAAAUGGCUACUUAAUUGGGUUAUUAUUUUAUUUUUUAAAAUUAAUAAUAAUUAAUAUAUUAUUAUUUUAUUACUUUAAUUAGUGAGUUUAAUUAAGUAAUAAAAAAUAACAAAUAUUAAAAAAAAAAUUAUAUAAAGUAUUAACCGAGAUAUUCAAAAUUGGUACUUCCUUUAACGGUAAAAGGCUUUUUUGAAGAUUCAGAUGGAAAAUUUGGAGAUGUAGCGUUAGACGGAUUUAUAAUAUCAGAAUAUAAAAACUUAAAUAAAUUAAUAUCAAAAUAUUUCGGUUUAGAAAUAAAAUUAUUAUAAAAUCGUUAAGAAUCAAAAUAUUUAAAUUAUUUUAAAUAAAUAAAUCCAUAUAAUUAUGCUUCAUACAUUAUAAUGAACCUUAAAAAUCGCUAUGAUCUAUAUUUAGACUCAAAUUAUGACAAUAUAUAAUAUAAAGUAACAAGUGUAUCAUCUAAUUUAGUUAAAGACUUGGGAAUAUAUCCUAUAAAAAUAGACAUGCCUAUUUUAAAAGAACUUUCAUACUAAAGUUAAGCUUCAAUGUUUUUAGGGAUAAUUUUAAAUUUGAUUGUUUUUGUAUUAUUUAUGCUCAGUGUAAUGCUUUUAUAUAAUUUAUUAUUAGUUUCUAUAGAAACAAAAAACUUUGAGUUCGGUGUUUUACGAGUUUUAGGUUUAAAUAAAUUCGGCGUUGUUUGUCUUAUUAUUUUCUAAAGUUUAUUUUAUGUCAUUCCUGCUGUUAUUUCCGGCUUAUUAAUAUCAAUAAUACUCUUAGAAAUUAUAAGCAAAUAAUUAUAUUAAGUCCUUAAUUUAGAAAUAUCUAAUACUCCAACAGGAAAUGCAUUUGUACUCUCUCUUUUAUUAGGAAUUGCUAUACCUUUAGUUUCUUCAAUUAUACCAAUAAGGGAAGCUUUGAAAUAAACUUUGGGGAUAGCUCUUGAUUAAUAAAGAUCGAAAUCUUAAGCUAUUAAAAUAGAUAUAGAUAUAGAAGGAAAAAAAUUUCCUUGGGGCGUAAUAAGUUUUUCCUUAAUAACUUCUAUUUUUGGGAUUUCUAUAUAUUAUUUAUUGCCUUUAGCAUUACUUUCACUUGAUUUUGCAUUACUUAUAGCUAUUUUUUUUUGGAUUUUAGUAGGAUUAUUAGUUGGAUUUACUUUGUUUGCAUUAAACGUGUAACAUUUAUUAGAAAAGUUUGUUAUUAUAGUCUUUUUCUUUUGGACAAAAGGCGCAAUAAGAAUCAUCAUUUAAAAAAAUUUGGCUGCCCAUAGAAUUAAAAAUAGAAGAACUGCCACCAUGUAUGGACUUUCGAUUGCUUUUAUUAUUUUUGUUUGGACUGCAAUGUCUGUAUAAAUCGACUCUUCUGAUUAUUAAAUUAGAAGAUAAAGAGGAGUUUAUAUGGAAGUUACAGCAACAUUGGAUUAUUUGGAUACUGUGGCUUAUGAAAAUAUAAUUUCAAGUUAAUUAAUAGACUCUAUAGAAUCUUAUUCUUGGGUUUCUGAUUCUUUAGAUUUUGUAUCUAAAUAACUUGGUAUAUAUUUUUAUUAUAUUAUAUAAAUAAAAUAAUUAAAAAAAGGUUAUUAAAAAAAUUAUGUGACUCAUAUUGGAAGGAUAUAUGAAUUUUAUCCAAAUAUAGUUGCAGUUUCUCCUAAUUACUUAAAGACAGUAUUUUCUAGUGAGUUUUUGGAUAUUUAUUAAUCUUCUAAUAGUGGUUUGGAUAUUGUUGAGGAAUUAUAUACUCCAAGGGGCUCUUAAUCAAUGAUUUUAGGGAAAAGUUAAAUCGAUGUUAUUGGUGUUGAUUUAAAUUACACGAAUCCAAUAUUGAAUAUUUUAUAUAAUAAUACUUUCUCAAAAACCUAUUAAAUGAGAGUAUCUUCAAUUGUUAAUUAAAUGCCAGGAAUGACUUUUAGUAGUAUUCCUUCAAACUAAAGAAUGAGUGGAGUUGUUUCUUUUCUGACAUAUAUGAAUUUUUUAAGUGAAGAUAUUUAAUCUUAUUCUGAUAUUCCUAUGUCUAAUUUAAAACUUAAAAUUAAAAGUGGAAAAGAAGGUUUUGUUUAUGAUACUUUAAAAAAAAAUAUGAAUGAAAAAUAUUUAAAUGGAAAAAUAUGGGAUUAUAGAGAUUAUUAAAAAUCUAACUAAUAAUAAAAAAAGUUGAUUAAUUUAAUUUUUUCAGUUCUAGCAAUUAUUGUUAUGGCUUUAUGUUUCUUCUCUUUAGUAUCUUCCAUGACAGCAAACAUUUUUGAAUAAACGAAAGAAAUUGCUGUAUUAAGAGCUGUAGGCUUAACUAAAUUUAGAAUGAAAACAAUUUAUAUUUUUGAAGCUUUUACUCUUGUUUUUAGUAGUUGCAUUAUGGGUAUAUGCAUUGGAAUUAUUAUUGGAUUUACUAUGAGUAUGUAAAGAGCUCUUUUUACUGAAUUACCUAUUAAAUUUACAUUCCCAUAUUAAGUUCUUAUUGUGAUUUUUAUUGCUUCGAUUAUUUGUGCUUAUUUAUCAACUUUUAUACCCUCUAAUAGAAUACUUAAAAAAUAAAUUUCUAGUAUUAUUAGAAUGACUAAUUGA